ACUUAAAGAAAAAAAUCACUGUUUUAAUUAAUUAAGACAAUAUUAUAGAAAAUCCAUAUAAAAUGGAACAUAAAUACAGUAUAUUAUUGCCCACCUACAAUGAAAAGGAAAAUCUACCCAUUAUUAUUUGGUUAAUAAUGAAAUAUCUCAAUGAAAGUGGCCACAAAUUUGAAGUUAUUGUCAUAGAUGAUGGCAGUCCAGAUGGUACAUUGGAAGUGGCCCAAGAUCUACAAAAAAUCUAUGGUGAAGAUAAAAUAUUGCUACGGCCACGUAAAGCAAAAUUGGGUUUGGGUACAGCCUAUAUACAUGGCAUACAACAUGCCACGGGAGACUUUAUCAUUAUAAUGGAUGCCGAUUUGAGUCAUCAUCCCAAAUUCAUACCAGAAUUCAUAGAAUUGCAGCAGAAACAUGAUUACGAUAUUGUCUCCGGCACCCGCUACCAAGGAUCGGGUGGUGUUUACGGUUGGGAUUUUAAGCGCAAGCUUAUUUCCCGUGGUGCCAACUUUUUGUCACAACUCUUGUUGCGCCCUAAUGCUUCGGACUUAACCGGCUCAUUUAGAUUGUACAAGAAACCGGUUUUGGAAAAGUGCAUUUCCAGUUGUGUUUCCAAGGGUUAUGUCUUUCAAAUGGAGAUGUUGGUGCGUGCCAGGCAACAUGGCUUUUCGGUGGGUGAGGUACCUAUAACAUUUGUGGAUCGUGUUUAUGGCACUUCCAAAUUGGGCGGUACAGAAAUUGUACAAUUUGCCAAAAAUUUGCUGUAUUUAUUUGCUACCACUUAAAUUGUGUAGUUAUCCUUGAUUAUUUUUGUAUAUUAUUAAACACUUUGAUAAAUAUAAUUCCAUUAAAUUAAA